CCAUUUCACUUCCGAGUCCCCUUGCUUCUGUGGCCCGUUAAACUUCCUUUCCCGGCAUGCCCUGCCCUCUUCUACCAGCCUGAUCCAACAUGGGACGUGUCAGGACAAAGACCGUGAAAAAGGCCGCCCGGGUCAUCAUUGAAAAAUAUUACACCCGCCUGGGCAAUGACUUCCACACCAACAAGAGAGUUUGCGAGGAGAUUGCCAUCAUCCCCAGCAAGAAACUCCGCAACAAGAUUGCUGGGUAUGUUACCCAUCUGAUGAAGCGCAUCCAGAGGGGACCAGUCAGAGGCAUCUCCAUCAAACUGCAGGAGGAGGAGAGAGAGAGGAGGGAUAACUAUGUUCCUGAGGUCUCUGCCUUGGACCAGGAGAUCAUUGAAGUUGACCCUGAUACCAAGGAGAUGCUGAAGCUGCUGGACUUCGGUAGCCUGUCCAACCUGCAGGUCACCCAGCCAACUGUCGGAAUGAACUUCAAAACGCCCAGAGGAGUCUAGACCUAACUUUGUAAAAUACAGUUCUCAAUAAAGAGGAAAAAAGAAA